AGGCGCAGACGCCGGGCAAGUUGAGAGCGCACCGCUGCGCCCCGGAAAGUUUCCCCCGCUGCCGCCGGUGGCGGUUGGUUGGUGCGGGGUACGGCCGGCCGCUGCCGCUGCAAGAGUUUAUCCUGAAGCCACCAGGAAAAGGUCGGUGCGCUCGAGACAUCUUGAUGCCCCCGAAAGACACAGACAUCAAUUGAAAGAGGCCAGCGGGAGGCUGUCGUUAUCUCUAAAAAGGACAUGCAUUUCCAAGAGAGCUGAGAGAAGAGGGUCAGGGUGGGCAUCUCCUGGCCUUGCAGAAAUAGAGGCUCUGACGCUGUCACCAAAGCAACUUGAAGACUUUGAAUUUGACUCCAGGAAACGAGACUGGUCCUUUUCCAGACUUCCCAACGCUGCGGGCUUCCCAGGACAAGCUGGGCCAAUAAAAGAAAUACACAGGAGCCCCUCUGACCUGGAGACUCGGCCCCGCUGACGCCCGAGGAGCAGCCCAGGUGGCGCGCCAUGGAGGGCGACUGUCUCAGCUGCAUGAAGUACCUGAUGUUUGUUUUCAAUUUCUUCAUAUUUCUGGGCGGGGCCUGCCUGCUGGGCAUCGGCAUCUGGGUCAUGGUGGACCCCACAGGCUUCCGGGAGAUUGUGGCCGCCAAUCCCCUGCUCAUCACGGGAGCCUACAUCCUCCUGGCCAUGGGGGGCCUGCUGUUUCUGCUGGGCUUCCUGGGCUGCUGUGGGGCUGUCCGUGAGAACAAGUGUCUGCUGCUGUUUUUCUUCCUGUUCAUCCUGAUCAUCUUCUUGGCGGAGCUCUCAGCGGCCAUCCUGGCCUUCAUCUUCAGGGAAAAUCUCACGCGUGAAUUCUUCACCAAGGAGCUCACCAAGCACUACCAGGGCAACAACGACACGGACAUCUUCUCUGCCACCUGGAACUCGGUCAUGAUCACAUUUGGUUGCUGCGGGGUCAACGGGCCUGAAGACUUUCGCUUUGCAUCCGUUUUUCGACUCCUAACUUUAGACAGUGACGAGGUGCCGGAGGCCUGCUGUCGGAGAGAACCCCAGACUCGGGAUGGGGUGGUGCUGAGCAGGGAGGAAUGCCUCCUGGGAAAGGACCUGUUCCUGAAUAAGCAGGGCUGUUACACGGUGAUCCUCAACGCCUUCGAGACCUACGUCUAUCUGGCCGGAGCACUUGCCAUCGGGGUGCUGGCCAUCGAGCUUUUUGCCAUGAUCUUCGCCAUGUGCCUCUUCCGGGGCAUCCAGUAGAGGGUGUGGCCUGAAGCCCGAAGACACCUGCCCACCACUGCCCGCCACCCAACGCCCUCCCCUCCUCCGCACCCCUGUCCUGGCCCGGAGGGGCCACACCAACAUGAGGGGCCAGCAGGGGCAAGGGGAAAAAGAGCUAUUUUUUUAACAAAACAAAAUGAAGAAAAAAAUCCAGACUGAUGUCCCUGGCCUGGACUCUGGGGAGGGUGCCACUGGCUUCCCCGGGGGUCCCUGAGGCCAAGACUCGAUGGGCGCUGGAGCCAAAGGAGCACCAGUCCCAGGUCUCCUCUCCGGCCCAACCGGACUCGGGCCACCCCAGACCUGGACCCUCUCCUCGAAGCUUCGGGACCUGGGGCCAAGAUAAAUGAGGACUUAGGCAACAAGGAGGCAAAACCAAGUAUCAGAGAGAGGUCACCAGAGCCCUGGGGGCCUGAGGAGACUGGGUCACCAUGUCCUUGAGGACUCAGAACCUGCACGCGCUCCCUCAUCCUCCGUUAUCCCUGCCUUGGGCUGGAGCCAAGAGUGGGCUGCAGACACUGGAUCCAAGAAUGGCCCAGCUGCUGGGCUUCUCCCCUCCACCAUCUGUUGGACCCAAUCAUCUGGAAUGCCCAGAGAGAGGCAGUUUCUCACCUCCCGUCACACAGCACAUGCACGGUAGUUUGAGCAAGAAUCAGGCCUCUGCAGACCUGUUGGUCAUACCCGCCUGGUCUCAGCAUCCUGGCUUCCCCCGAAGAGAGAGGGCAGUCUGACCAGGAACCGUCUCUUCCCAUCUCCAUUGCUGAGAUUACUCUGGACUCCCCCCCCCCAUCUGCCCUUCCACCUACCUUCACACACUUCCCUCCAGCCCCUGGGAACUCACAUAUGUACACAUGCCACGUGUCAUUUCCACACUGUUCGUCUCUCUGCCCAAGCCCAUGCCCUCCUGUUCCCCACUCACCCCCUGGCUCCCAAAGCUGGAACAGCCCCGGGACCACCUAAUUCGUCCCUUUCCACCCAAAACCGAGGCGUGGAUGUCUUCCACAAGAUCCCUGCCAAGACUUCACCCUCUUCUUGAACACCUCCAGGGACAGGGAGCUCACUACCUCCCAAGGCAGCCUCCUGCCUCAGGCCGCAGUGACCAGCAUCAGGGCAGCACACAGACCAGGCUUCUGUCUUCUGUGAUUCAGCCCCUGCCAUCCGUUCGUUCUCCCUCUCCUGAGUGUUCAGGCCACACAUCGUCUCUCUGAGACUCCUUGUCUCCGGGAUGAAGAACUCCAGGGCAUCUCGGCUCUUCUGCUGUGACGUGGCUUCCUGCCCCUUCUUUGUCCACAGCACAUUAUGAGUGUUCCCUCCACGAUUGGGCAGGGAGCAGUUUGCCCGGUCAUCCACACCCACAAAUCAUCGCAAAUCAAUCCCUCAUAUCCAGACCUGAAAUUCUAGACCAGUAUUGCUAACUGGAUUACAAGGCCUUGACCCCAAUCAGUUUAAUCAUGAGAGGCUGUGAAGGAUCCAAGGUUUGGUCUGGUCUGGUCUCAGUGGGAGAGGGCAGUGAAUCCCAACUAGUGAUAUCUGGCAAACACCUUCAGUUUGACUCGUGAUGUCUGGCAAUUACCUUAGGUUUGAUUGGUGCUGUCUGCCAUGGCCUGGGACUGGCAGGGGCAGCUGAGCCUGCUGGCCUCUCCUGCUGUCCCUCUCCAGGGUCUGGGAAGAGCCCAUUCUGUCUUUCUGGCUCUGUGCCAGCUUCCAGCCUGCCUCUGGCUUUCCAGCUACUGGGAGACAGAGCCCAGUGCCCCCUGCUCUGACCUGCCCUUCCGAGAUGCAGCCAGAGCUCUGUGCCUGCUGUAAAGACCCCAUGUGACCCCCUCCUAUGGCUCCCCUCCCCCACUCCAAGUUCCCCAGUCCUGGCCCUCCCUCCAGGUCCCUGAACUGGGUCUUUCCAAGGUGUCCCUAUACUGUGUGCCCUGGCAAAUCCAUAAAUAAUGCCAUGAACAACUUAGUGAGAGGGCAUCCCAGGGGCCAGGGCCCUAUAGCUGGCACCUCAGUCUAACCUGACAAGGGCCUAGGGCCUGCCCCUCUUUAGACCCACCCACAUGCUUAGCUCAGGCUUCCUGAAGGAGGCAAACGGCCGGUCUGAGAUUGACAAAAAGCAAACAAAAAAACAGAUUAGACCAGUGUCUUGGGGGUCAAUCAGUAGCUUUGUGGCUUCCAACCAGGGGUAUCCUAGACUUCAGGUUCCUAUAUGCACCACCCCCCACUGCCCACAGAAUUUAGGGCCUUGAAGGUAAAGAGAAGAGGCUGGCAUCUGCCCCCCACCCUCCAUUUUUUGAGCUCCUUAAGUGUUAAAGAGGGAGGAAGGACAGGUUACAGGGGAAUGUCUGGCUAUGGUGUGUUUAAGGGUGGAUGCAAGACUCUCACCCCCAAGGGCUUUCUAGAAAGAUGUCAAGGAGCCCUGACCUCCUUGACCACUCUCAGGCAGGGAAGGAAAAGCAGUCUCUGCACUUGAGUAGUAGCCCAGGAUGGCAGGUGUGUAUGAGGACGCCUGAGGCCAGGUCUCAGGGCGUGAAAAAGGCUUGACCCUGAGCCUCCAUCCCUGCCCAAGUGCAGCCCAUGAUAGGUGCUGGGGGGAGAUACGCAGCUGCUGGCAGUAGGCAGGGACAGGGUCAGGAAUGCCUGUUUGCCCAGAGGUCUUCUGACCUCUGACCCCAGUAACAAGGCAAGACUGGGAGACUUCACAUGUCAGUCAUGUGCUCCAGCCCCCAACCAAGUACCUAAAACCACCUUCCUACUUCAAAGGCACAGGCCUCGUGUUAAAGGGAAUGCAUCAAAAGGGCUCAGGGCUGGGUCCCCCCCUUGCUCCCCCGUCCCACUCUCCUAGUCAUGCCUCAGGGGCCAAGUUGGGACCCCCACCCCAACCAGCUGUGGCCUCAGCACCCGCCCCAUCUCCUCAGGAGGCUCCCUCUCCCCUUCCCCACUGGGUCCCUACGUUGAAAGUCUAUUUUGAAGACUGUAGCUGUACCUGCGGUAGACAGCAGAGCUAAUUUAUCAUGUUUAUUCCCUGUGAGCCCCCCCUUUUUAUAUUGUAUAUCAAGAGGAGUUUUGUAAUAUAAAACAGGAUGCCCACAGAUGGUUUUGCACUUGUUUUUGUGACUAUUUCUUACAAAAAGAAAAAGGAAUGAGGAAUAAAUAGUCACCAUGGAGAAAGAUGGUCUUGA